AUGUCAAGCCCCGUUCGCGUCGGUGAUGCUUCGCCUCUGGUACCACACUCAGGCGGACGCAUGACAUACCCGAAGUAUGUGACGCCAGCCCCCGGAGACUACGAAGUUCAAUCGAAGCACAACAUCAAGUUCACGAAAGCGCCUACCUCCCAAUUUGGCGGCAACUUAUGUAAAAUUGAUCGUGAUAAAACAGGAUUGCGCGCACGAGCCUUGCAAACGGCGGAUGACCCGGGGCCCAAUGCAUACUCUGUGACUGCAGCCAAGCAGAAAUUGGACGUGAAACAACGGGCCCCAACUUUUAAGUUUGGUAGCUCACAACGUUCGGAUGGUUCCAAGAUAUACAUGCAUCGAGCAGAUACUACUGGCGACGUGACCGAUCCAAAUCGCGCGGCAGCGGGUCGUGGGGUGCCAGGACCUGGCGCGUAUGGAACGAUGGGUCCAUCCAUGGAGAAAACUAAGAAAUCAGCUCCACGUUUUUCCUUUGGAUUAAAGCCGACAAUACAAGAAACUACAUCCGCAACUACGAUAAACAUUGGCCCUGGCACUUACCUUUCCCCCUCAUCCAUUGGGAAGCAGGUAAUAUCCAUGCGACCGACAUCGCCAGGCUUCUCCAUGGGCACCUGUGAUCGGGAAAAGAUGGGAGAGGUUUUACAACCUGGUUUUUCGCCAAAUGUCAAGAACCCAUCACCGGGGCCAUCAAAGUACGAAUCUCCCUCCGGCGUUGGGAAACAACUCCAGUCAAUGCCGGAGUCAGUAGAAAGUCUAAGCAUCGGUCGGCGAAUUCAUAUUCGUUUGGCACGGAUGAUAAACUCAAACGUCAGCGCGAUAGAGGGGUGCCUGGACCUGGCUCGUAUGACGCUGCCUCCAUGCUCGGGAUACAGUCCCACUCCAAGUUUACGACGUAUGGGGGCUUCAAGUUUGGCACUGGCCAAAGACCCGACACUGCGUCAAUGUCUUCAACAGUCACCUCUCUUGAUGUGUAACCGUCAUCAAAGAUACGCUCCGAAUUGCCUUGCAGCAGUCAUCAAAAAGACCGACCACGGUCGUAUCACGACGCGCAUUUCUGACGAACCCCGACAUGCACCCCUGUCCUACGCUCCUGGUAGCGACUUUCACGGCCGCGUCGGAAAUCGGACACACACUGAACCAACGACACACUCGGGUGUUGGCAGAGCACAAAAAAAAAAUCAGCUCCCCAGGGGCUCCUUUGGGGGCUUGGUAGAAGCAACAAGCUGGCAGGUAACGCGCUCAACAUCCCAACGUAUAUCGACAAUGAAGACGUAG